ACACCAGCAGCUCAUCACUGUCGGCUCUGUGUAGAAAAAGAGCCGUGUCAGUCAGUUACAGUUAACCGACUAGUUCAAACUUUCUUUUCGGGGUAUAAGGCAAACUGAAUUUUUUAACAUUUAUUUUAGACGGUUAUUUGAGUAACGGCUCUAACGUCUAAUGUUUUAACUGUUCAUGUGAAGAGGCUGUGUGAGAGUUUUUCUGGGGGGUUUAACGCUAGCUACACAGCUAGCUAGCUUAGCAAAACUUUUUUGUAAAAAAUGCCACCUUUACAUUGCAGUCUGUGUUCUGUUCUGCUGCUGUGUCUCUUUAUGCCUGUGGCGGCUGACAUUGGGGAAACUCUGAUCCAGGGAAGCUGGAAGGAUUUGUGGCUGUUCCGUUUUUCCCUCAACAUCCUGGCAUAUGGCACCAUUAUUGUCCCAGGAUAUCUCCUGAUUCGCUACAUCAAGAGGAUUAAUUACCUUGAGACAGGCCGAGGGAUCUGUUAUCCUGUUAUAAAAGCAUGUGUGUUUGGCAGUGACUCUAAACCGUCGUCGUUGGACGAUGUAUCUGAGGCAACCAGAACCGAGUCCACUUCAUCUACACGGCAAGCCAUCAAACUUAUUUUCUGUGCAGCAGGACUCCAGUGCUCGUACUUGACGUGGGGCGUGCUGCAAGAGCGAGUGAUGACACGUUCCUAUGGAGCCAAUGAAGAUGGGGAAAACGGCGAGAAAUUCACGGACUCUCAGUUCCUGGUGUUCAUGAACCGCAUCCUGGCCCUUACCGUGGCUGGGCUCUGCUGCCUAUUGUUUAAACAGCCCAGGCACAUGGCACCCAUGUACAAGUACUCGUUUGCCUCCAUUUCCAACAUCCUGAGCAGCUGGUGUCAGUAUGAAGCCCUUAAAUACAUCAGCUUCCCUACACAGGUGUUAGCCAAAGCCUCUAAAGUCAUCCCUGUGAUGCUGAUGGGCAAGCUUGUGUCACAAAAAAAAUAUGAAUACUGGGAAUAUUUUACAGCUGUGUUAAUCUCAGUGGGUGUGAGUAUGUUCCUUUUGUCAAGCUCCAGCAGUACCAAACACGCAACCAUCACAACUUUCUCUGGCAUCAUCAUCCUGGCCGGGUACAUCAUGUUCGACAGCUUCACUUCAAACUGGCAGGAUGAGCUUUUCCGCCACAAAAUGUCCUCGGUACAGAUGAUGUUCGGUGUGAACCUGUUCUCUUGCCUCCUGACGGUGGGCUCACUGUUAGAAACGGGUGCUCUUUUUGACUCACUGGCAUUCAUGACCCGCCAUGGCGAGUUUGCAGCUCAUGCGGCUCUGCUCUCGCUCUGCUCUGCUUUUGGCCAGCUCUUCAUUUUCUAUACUAUCGCACAGUUCGGUGCUGCCAUCUUCACCAUCAUUAUGACACUGCGCCAGGCCAUCGCUAUCCUGCUCUCCUGCCUCCUCUAUGGCCAUGCCAUCUCAGCAACGGGAAUCUUUGGGGUGGCCGUGGUGUUCUUUGCACUCUUUCUACGCGUCUAUGCACGCAGUCGAGUGAAAAAGAGCAACAAGAGAGCACCACAGGCACCAUUACAGAAGGUGUAGAUGAAGGACGGUGAUAACACAACCACGUUAUUUGUGGUUUUGCUUCCUCUAUUUCUUGUGUGUGUGUCUGGGUGUGUUUCACAAAGCUUUGUUUCUACUCUGUAUAUGAAAAAAGGUACUGAAAGAGGAGGCUUUUUUUUUUUUUUUUUCCCCCAAAAAAGGGAUUAUGACAUUUCUGUCUAAAAUAUGGAGGGAUAGUUACAUACUUUGUGUCAUGUGUUGGAAGUGUGUUUGCUGUGGGUUCUGUUUUUGCUGAGCCAGUAUUUGGUCUGAGCUUGUUUUCUUGGGUGCGUGCUAGGAUUUAUCUGUAUGUCUUUAUUACUGAUUAAGUGUGUAUUUUUGGAUUCAAACUGCACGAGUCAAAAAUUAUUUUUAACCUCUUAGAUUUAAGUCUUAAAACACAAAAAAUGACUAUUGUUUAAACUGUUUAUUUAUUGUGCGAUUAUACCCCAUUCCAUUUCUUUUCUUUUAGCUAGUGUUGAGUUUGUGAUGAUCCUUAUUGAGCUUUGCUUAAAAAGCUGUUUUUAAAUAGAAAAUCCCACCUGAAAAUGUGACCAUUACAUCCAGCAUUUUGAUGGACUUUCACCUAAAUUUUACCAUGACACCACUUCCUGCUUUUAAAUAUUGUCUAAAUAUAUUUAAAUCCACCUGUGAUUUUUUCCGGAGGGUCUGUUUUGUAGUAUUUUCUAUCCUUAAAUAAGAUAGGAGCAAUGCUGAGACUUUAUCAGCAACAGACCGUGAGUGCCUACUGUAUUAUAAACAAGAUUUCUUUCUGUAAUUCAAACUUUUUGCAGAUAGUAACAGGAGAUCUGUAACCGCAUCAUUAUUUAAUCUGACCAGAACCUGAAAUGAACAUUGGGCAUGUGCUGAUCAUUAGUUUUGCCAUGUUCUACAGCACAUACAUACACAACUAUUGAUAUUCCAAAUCACAUUGUCCCAGCAUAACAACCACUGUCAAGGAGACUAGAAUUGGCUAUCUUCUUAUCCACAAUGAGAUGAUGCAUUAAAACACUGCUCAGUCAGAGCAAACAUUAGGUAAGGCAUGUCUGAUAUAUUUUAUAUUGAUUCACUGAUCAUUUUCUAAUAAACAAAAAGGCCCUACUGGCUGCUGAGAAGAUACAUCUGAUAAGACCUCGGAUACAGAUUUGUUCAAACAAAAAUCUACAUGUUUAAUUAUACACAUUCACUACAAGGAGCACAGCUGUAUAACAAUGCCAAAAAGGAGUAGACAGAAAUCUAUGACCAAAGUGUAGACUCUUCUGAUAUUAUGUGCUGAUGCUAAUUAUUAUUACGCUUUUGUUAAAGGAUAACCUGCUGUUAUAUGAAAGAUAAAUAUCAGCACAUGGCUAAUGUAACUUGUUAGAAACACUGCAUUGUUAUUGUUUUUUACACACACACCCCCCAGAGACAGAGAGAGAUGGAGAACUAUAAAGCUAGUAAUUCUUCUUGACAUCCCAGUGUGUAUGUUUGCACAUGAUUUGAUGAAAUGAUCUUAUUGUUAAAAUGUUUUCUCAGAUGAAAUUCUGCUGUCCUGUUUGUGCACCGUGUACUUUAAUGAUGCUGGCAUACUUACAAAUGGGUGUCCAAGACAACCACAUUUCAUAUUCCACAGCUGGGAUAAUGAUUUUUCAAGUUUACAAUUUGUCGAAUUUGUUUUCAAGUUAAGAGGAUCCAAAGAAGCUAGUAGUCUCUUCAUAUGUAUUUGGACCUGUCCCUUCAAAAUGUUAGAGACAAUUGACUGUAACUGUAUACACACAUUCAUAGUUUAAACAUCCUCCUCUCAUUAUGAAGCUUCUGGCAAUAAUAUUUAAAGUAAACAUGGCUGCCAUUUCAAGUCCUUACUUACACCUGGUUAGAAAUAGCUAAUCUAUGUAGGGAAACCUACGUCUUCCACUGCAGGUUUUACUAAUGAUGUGUAUCUGGGGAGACAAAAUCCUGUCAAGUGUGUAAAAACGUAAUACCUGCAAAGACAUCAGUUCAGAAUUUGUAACUGUAAAAUGAUUACAAUCCAAGUUCACACAUUUAAGCUCUCAUUAAUGUAUUUACAUAAAAAAAAAAAAAAAAAAAAAAAAUCUUUUUUUUCCCCCCCCCCUUCCCCACAUGUUUACUAAUGAUAUGAGUGAUGUACUAUAUGUAUUUUCUCAGAUUUUGGGAAGUAAACAAUCCCUAUAAACUAUCCGUUUCAGUAAUGCGUUUAUUUUAUUCUUGAUUUUGUUUUAAUAAUUCAUGAAAUCAAAAAAAAAUCAGUCUUAAGCAUAGAACAUGAUUAUUCAAUCCUUAAGCAACACUAAUUAAUGUAAAGAGAUGCUAAUGAAGGUGUAGUGUUUAAGCUGUGCAUCAAGGUCUUUAGCAUACAUGAAGAAGCACCAGCUAGACAAUACAGUGGCCAUAAUUUCCACCUUAUUUUGAAAAGAGAGAAGACCAUUUGAUUUGUUUUAUCAUCAUCCUUAGCUUGUGGUAAUAGGAAUAAUCAUUACAGUAAAUAAGGUGUGUUGCUACAGAAUUAACGAUAAGCCACAUAGCCAGAUAAAUACUUGGGUAUCUGCAGAUGUAGCCCUGGUUUGAUUGAAAGGUGAAGGUUGUUAUAGAUGCUUUACUUGAAGUUGUAAUGUAUGCUUAAACACUCCUUUUUUUUUUUUUUUUUUUUUUAGAAGAGGGGUGUGGAGUGAAGGUGUGGGGCGAACGGUUAUUUCAACUACACAAAGCAGUUUUUGAUUUUUCCUGCUUGAUACCAUGAUGUACUUUGUUUAAAUGUAUAAAUAUAUAUGGCCUAUACCAGCUUGUAAGUCGUCAGACAGGAAUGUUCACGUUUCUUUCUUUUGCAUGUGACAUUUGAUCAAACAUUUUACUGGGCUUUUUACUAGUAAAUUAUUUGCUCACAUGAUCAGAUUUUCUUUGAUAGCUUCAUAUGCUGCUAUGCAAAUUAGAAAGAAAAUGGGUUUAAAACAUAUUUUUAUAGAAAAAUAACCAAACACUACCUUAAAAAAUGGUAUUGUAUUUGUUUAUGAUUUACAUGUCUGUAAGGCUUCUCUACCGGAAAGACACUUGUGUUAAAAGAGUACUUAUGUAUUUACUGAUGAGUUGAAAUCCCCCCAUAUUUUUUUUUCAAUAAUUCAUGUGGAGAUCAUGUGAAAUAAGGAAUAAGGAAUGCAAUCUAACUAAUGUAUUCUUUUUGUACUUUUUUAAGGAUGUAUUAAUUAUAUGUUGGGCAGAUUAAAUUAAUUUGAAUACUUGAAAAAA